AUGAUCGGCAGAGGGCGCGGCCGAAGAGGUGAGGCAGGAGGUCCCUUGGGGGCCCUCGUUCAGGGUGCUGCUGCCGGUGUUGGUCUCGCCUCAGAGAGCAUACAACACCACAAAGCAAAGAAGAGAGCACAGAAGCAACAGGAACAACAGUCGAACACACCUGGGCAUGCUACUUCACAGGACGAGCGAGAGUACCGCGAGGGUUUGCCGGAGGAGUGCGAUGAGGGCGCUUGGCGACUGGAUGAAGCGCAGGAUGAUCUUGCCGGGGAAGGAAAUCGAACAUCAACUGCCAACACUCAGAGCGCCCAGGGCGAUGUCUCACAACUAGCAGAUGACUUCGUCCGCACUCAUCAAUCCGAGGAGCUACCGGUGCGCAGAGGGCGCCUCGACCUGCCCGUGGUCAUCACCCAACGCCGACCGAAGGCGCGUACGCGUGGGUUCAUCCAAGCCUACGCACCGCUCCUUGAAAACGCCGCGAUCGAUCAGCCAGCGUUCCUGGACUUCAUCGAAAAAAUGAACAAGGCUGUCCAACCCAACCCAUGGCUCCAGGCGAUCAACCUGGCCUCACUCGCCGCACAAAACGUCCCCGAGCCCGUUACACUCGCAGUCUCGAUCGCGACAAAGAUGGCGGCAGAUGCUGCGUCCGAGAUACACAGCCGCGCCAAGACAAAUGCCUUCCUUGAUAAGACCAACGAAGAGUACUUUAAGCCAAGAGGACUGGUCGCGUUGCUGAUGACAUGGAAGCCCCAAGACUCUUCAGUCGUCACGACGGUUGAUUUUGAUCUUGGCACAACCAUCACGAAUCCUCCGACAGGGAGUAAAGGAAUGUUUGGAAAGCUCCAAAGCCGCAUGAAGUCCUCCUCUGCGGCGACCAGCUUCGAAUUCCCCGAGACAGCGCCACUGGUCUUCCCAGCGCUCGACGAGCUCGCCGCCACCACGCCAGAGAGCCCCGGUGCAGAGGCCAAGAAGCAGAAUGUCAUCAAGAGGAGCGGCAGCUUUCUCACUGACUACCUCGACCGGCGGGCCGUCGCGAAGUGGUCUGGCGACAACCCCCAGAGCAAGAUGGCAAACCUGGCCCCCAAGCCUGAAUUCCGGUCCCGGUACGCAGACCCGAGCCACCCUGCAUCCAGCGGCGAUCUCCUGGCUUUUGUCACUGGAGGCAAGGUCUCGGCGGGAAUGGCUCGCGAGCAGGUUCAAGACGCGGUUGACGGAGGUCUCGGUCGAGGAGCCCUUGUGGCUGCUGCGGGUCGGACGAGCAUGAAGGUCCUCCCGGCGGUGGUCCACCUGGAGGCGGUCCUGGUUUUGGAGGCCCAGGAGGCCCUCCUGGACCGUGAAGAAAUGGAACCUUUGCGUGAGGAGCUGUCCAGGUUUCUGAGCAAGGCAUAUGACACAGAGGCAGACGCGGAGAGGAUCUGCAUCUCAGGCGGCGCAAGCCAAGCCCUGGCAUGCAUACUUCAGUCUUACACCGAACCAGUGUAUACUAAGGCCGUAUGGGCGAUUGCACCCUGCUAUUAUCUGGCCUGUGCAAUCUUUGAGGACUCUGGCUUCAAGGGGCGGCUUAAAGCAGUCCCCGAGGACUCCGAGGGCAUCGAUCUGGAGUGGCUUGAGAGGGGCCUUGAGAGUUUCAAGAACAAGACCGACCCGGACGAGACACCCGUGUAUAAAACACCCGAGCUCAGGAAGGUCUACCGACAUGUCAUUUACGCUGUCCCCUCCGCCGCCAACCCCUCGGGAAAGACAAUGACGCUGAAGAGGAGGGAGGCGCUCGUUCGUCUCGCACGCAAGUACGAUUGCCUCAUCAUUUGUGACGAUGUCUAUGACUUUCUGCAAUGGCCUGUCACCGAACCGUCCUCCGUUCCUCCCUCGGGAACACCACCAGCCAAGGUCAAGAUACUCCCGAGGCUAUCAGACAUCGACUUCGCGCUCGGCCCCAGCACACACGGCCAAUCCCAGCCAGACGGCAAGUGGUUCGGCCACGCGAUCAGCAAUGGGUCCUUUAGUAAAAUCGUCGGGCCGGGAAUAAGGACGGGUUGGGUCGAGGGGACGCGGGACUUCGCCUUCGGGCUCGCGCAGACGGGCUCGACCAAGUCCGGCGGCGCACCCAGCCAGCUCUCCGCGACCAUCGUGUGCGAGAUGAUGAAGGGCGGCGAGCUGGGGCGGCACAUAGACGGGGCGUGCAGGCCGAGCCUGCAGAGAAGGCACGCGCUGAUGAUGAAGGCCGUGCAUGAGCACCUGGACCGCUUCGGCAUCGAGGUGCUGGACUCGAACCCCACGGAUGGCGGCGGGAGGGCGUACGGGGGCUAUUUCGUGUGGAUCACAUUCCCGAGGGGGCCGACGGCCCAGACCAUCGCGAAAAGAGCAUUGGAAGAUGAGAACCUGGUGGUUCCGCCGGGGGAAAUGUUCCAGGUCAAAGGUGACGAGAAGGCGGUGCAGUUCCCCAACAGCAUCCGGCUGUGCUUUGCCUGGGAGGAGGAGCGAGAUCUUGUCGAGGGGGUCGCACGCCUCGGCCGCGCUGUGGACUCACUCUGGAACAAGGAGGAGCCGGUUAGACAAGGUCGUUCCGGCGGUGGCAAUCUAGACGCCUUCUACUGA